GAAGGUUCACUCAAAAUUGUGGACCGUGUAAAGAGUAUAUUCAAAUUAGCGCAAGGUGAAUAUAUUGCACCUGAAAAAAUAGAAAUGGCUUAUCAAACUUGCAAAUUAAUAAGUCAAAUAUUUGUGGAUGGUAACAGUCAAAAAAAUUACCCAGUUGCGAUAGUAGUUCCAGAUUUUACUGAAUUGCGUUCCGCUUUAAGCAAUAGUAAGGUACUGCAGCAUCAUAAAAAGCUUUUGGAUUCUGAACUUUGUCGAAAUGAAACUGUUAAUAAAUUCGUUUUGGAGAAAAUGAAUACUAUAGCGACACUAAAACUGUUGAAGGGUUUUGAAAAG